AUGUUCUUCAAAGUAAUUUUGAUAUUAUUGUUUCAAUUACAGUUAGUGGCCCUUUGUGCGUUCGUGACGGUUUCCCAGGCUGGUCUCUUGCCUGAGCCCCACUACUCCCACGCCGAAGCCGUCUCAUCCCAAAGCAUCGUGCGUCACGAUGAACAGCCCCAUCACUCCGCCAAGUUGAUUGCUGCUCCCGUCGCCAAGCUGGCUGUCGCCGCCCCCGUCGCCUACCACGCCGCCCCCGCUCCCGUCGUCUACCACCACGCUGCUCCGGCUCCCGUCGCCUACCACGCUGCUCCCGCCGUCCACUACGCCGCCCCCAUUGCUAAAGUUGUCGCUCACCACGAGGAAGAAAUCGCGUACCCCAAAUACGAGUACACUUACUCGGUGGCUGACGGCCACACCGGAGACAACAAGUCCCAGCAGGAGACCCGCGACGGAGAUGUCGUGAAGGGCUCUUACUCCUUCCACGAGGCUGACGGCUCCAUACGCACCGUUGAGUACACCGCUGACGACCACCACGGCUUCAACGCGGUGGUGCACAACACCGCCCCCACGCACGCGCCCGCCGUCCUCAAGGCCGCUCCCGUCCUUGUCAAGGCUGCGCCCGUCUACUACCACCACUAUUUAGUGGUGGUAGUAGACGGGCGCAGCUUUGACAAGGACGGGAGCGGCCUUGAGGACGGCGGGCGCGUGCGUGGGGGCGGUGUUGUGCACCACCGCGUUGAAGCCGUGGUGGUCGUCAGCGGAGUACUCCACGGUGCGGAUGGAGCCGUCAGCCUCGUGGAAGGAGUAGGAGCCCUUCACGACAUCUCCGUCGCGGGUCUCCUGCUGGGACUUGUUGUCGCCGGUGUGGCCGUCAGCCACGGAGUAAGUGUACUCGUAUUUGGGGUAUUCCUUAAAGUAACUUACGAUUUCUUCCUCGUGGUGAGCGACAGCUUUAGCGAUGGGGGCAGCAUAGUGGACGGCGGGAGCAGCGUGGUAGGCGACGGGAGCCGGAGCAGCGUGGUGGUAGACAACGGCAGCGGGGGCGGCGUGGUAGGCGACGGGGGCGGCGACAGCCAGCUUGGCGACGGGAGCGGCAAUCAACUUGGCGGAGUGAUGGGGCUGUUCAUCCGUAUCAAAAUCAAUAUGUUCUCCAAAAUCGUAGCCCUUUGCGCCUUCGCGGCUGUAGCCCAGGCCGGUCUCCUGGUUGAGCCGCACUACUCCUCGGCCGCCGCGGUCUCCUCACAGAGCAUCGUGCGCCACGACCAGCCCCAGCUGGCCCACAAGCUGGUGUCUGCCCCCGUCGCCUACCACGCCGCUCCCGCUCACGUCGCCUACCACGCCGCUCCCGCUCCCGUGACCUACCACGCUGCUCCAGCCCCCAUCGCCUACCAUGCUGCGCCUACCGCUGUUCACUACGCCGCCCCUAUCGCUAAAGUUGUUGCCCACCACGAAGAAGAAAUUGCUCACCCCAAAUACGAGUACACUUACUCCGUGGCUGACGGCCACACCGGCGACAACAAGUCCCAGCAGGAGACCCGCGACGGAGAUGUCGUGAAGGGCUCUUACUCUUUCCACGAGGCUGACGGCUCCAUCCGCACCGUGGAGUACUCCGCUGACGACCACCACGGCUUCAACGCGGUGGUGCACAACACCGCCCCCACGCACGCGCCCGCCGUCCUCAAGGCCGCUCCCGUCCUUGUCAAGGCUGCGCCCGUCUACGCCGCUCCCACUUACUACCACCACUAAGCUACACAGUAAAAUUGAAACCAAAGAAGACAGAGUUGAAGCAGGAGUGCUAGUUGAAUAACUAUUUAUUUAUUUUAUGCAAUACAUGAAAAGUGUCAAAAAUUAAA